AUGGAGUUUGGAACAAUCGAUUUAGGGGGGUUGGGAUGGGUUGGUUUAGUGGGGAGGAGGGAGUCAACCGAAUCAGGACGAGUUAGUACAGUUGAAGAGGAAGGGGGAGGUGACCCAGGUCAGGAUGAGGUAGUGCACUGGGAGAGAGGAGGCAUCCAGGUCAGAACGAGACUUGGAUACGUUGUCAUUAUGGCAUCGUUGCAAGCACACGAAGACACCGAUGACAAUCUUUACCCUAUUGCUAUACUUAUUGAUGAACUUCGUAAUGAAGAUGUACAACUACGCUUGAAUAGUAUACGUAAAUUGUCAACCAUUGCACUUGCAUUGGGUGUUGAACGUACGCGUGGCGAGUUAAUUCAGUUUCUAACGGAUACUAUAUACGACGAAGAUGAAGUACUGCUUGCUUUGGCCGAACAGUUGGGUAACUUCACGCCACUAGUUGGUGGACCAGAUUACGUCUUCUGUUUGCUUCCACCACUUGAGAACUUGGCUACUGUUGAGGAAACUGUGGUGCGUGACAAAGCGGUGGAAAGUUUACGCAAGAUCGCUGACAAACAUUCAAGCACAGCCCUCGAAGAACAUUUUAUUCCAAUGAUCAGACGUUUAGCUACGGGGGACUGGUUCACAUCACGAACCUCGGCAUGUGGACUCUUCAGUGUUGCUUAUCCUAGAGUGAGCCCUGCUAUAAAAGCGGAACUUCGGAAUUUAUUUCGAACGUUAUGUCGCGAUGACACACCGAUGGUGCGACGAGCUGCAGCUUCAAAAUUAGGGGAGUUCGCCAAAGUUUUUGAAGCCGAUUUUCUUCGAGAUGAACUUCUUCAGAUGUUUAUGGAUCUGGCUUCAGACGAACAGGAUUCUGUGCGAUUGUUGGCAGUUGAAGCAUGCAUUUCAAUCGCUGCUUUGUUGACGGAAGAACAACGCAAAGAACUCAUUAAACCAGUUCUCAUCAAUUUAAUUGAAGAUAAAAGCUGGCGUGUGCGUUAUAUGGCCGCCGAAAAAUUCACUGACAUACAAUCUGCUGUUGGCAAAGACAUAACAGUAAACGAACUUCUCCCAGCAUUCAGUAGUCUUCUAAAGGACAUGGAAGGCGAAGUACGUAGUGCAGCUGCUGCAAAAAUACAAGCAUUUUGUGCUGCACUUCCUGCAGUUGGUCGAGAAAAAGCAAUCUUGGCUCAUGUUUUACCUGUUGUAAAAGAGCUUGUCACCGACCCAAAUCAACAUGUGAAAACAGCACUUGCAUCUGUAGUCAUGGGCUUAGCUCCAAUACUUGGGAAAGAUCUGACGAUGGAACAUCUUCUGCCGAUUUAUUUGACUCUUUUGCGUGAUGAAACUGCGGAAGUGCGGCUAAAUAUAAUUUCUUCUCUAGAUAAGGUGAACGAAGUGAUCGGUGCAUCGCAAUUGUCACAGUCCUUGUUACCGUCAAUUGUAGAAUUAGCUGAAGAUGGGAAAUGGCGAGUGCGUCUAGCUAUUGUUGAUUUCAUGCCGUUGCUUGCCGCUCAAUUGGGGCAAGAAUUUUUCGAUGAGAAACUGCUUCCGCUUUGUAUGGCAUGGCUAACCGAUCAUGUUUAUGCCAUACGCGAAGCUGCAACGGGCAUUCUGAAACAACUAACGGAGAAAUUCGGUGCUGACUGGGCAAUGAAACAAGUGGUGCCGAAGGUAACAGCACUUGCAAGUGAUACAAACUAUUUGCAUCGUAUGGCAUGCUUAUUUUGCUUCAACACUCUUUGCGAAGCUCUUGGCGCAGAUCAUACUGUUAAGGAAAUUCUACCUGUAGUACAACAGUUGAGUGAUGACCAUGUACCGAAUGUUAGAUUCAAUGUCGCUAAAACUCUUCUUCGUAUUGGUCACACGGUUGAUCAGGGAGUAGUUAAUAGUCAGAUCAAACCAUUACUGUCUAAGAUGUGUAAUGAUAGCGAAUUCGACGUCAGAUACUUUGCGGACGAGACGCGAAUGGCAUUGGGACUGACAAAUUAAUUUUGGAGGAUUCGCGUAAAAUUGCGAAGUAUGAAUUGUUUUUUAUCCCAAGAAUUCUGGAUGGAAAAAGUUCUCGUCUCGAUUUAUAAAUUGUGGUUUACUUAAGUACUGCACCAAUAGAAUCUGAUAAACAUGUUUUUGCAAAUUCCGAAUCUACCCAAUUUUAUUGGGCGCGACAAGAUGUUUCUGUUCUAGGAACUGGUUAUCCAUUUGUAAAUUGUUUACGAUUUCAUGUAUUGUUCCGUUCCUGUGUUUUUUUCUAUGCUACACUUAUAAAAAUUGUGCAUUGCCACGGUUCUUGCAAUGAAAUAAGCUGCUCUUUUUUGCUUUAUAUGGUGUUGCAGCUGUACUGAGAAGAGAGACGUUGUCUAUAGACAGUGCAAAAUCAGAGUGCCAGACAUUCUCGUCAUUCUUGACCAGGAGAAAGUUCUUGACGAUCUAUUGCCUUCUUUUAUAUAUGUAGUAAUUCAAAGAUGGUCAGGAAAAUUUGAAGCUAUCUUGAUCAUGC